AUGGUAGAUGCCGCAAUGAUCAAGAAAACGGCUGUUACCGUUUUGAGCUGCGUGGAGAAGGUGUCCUCCUUUGCCUCCUCCAUUGACCCGCUUUUCGGGAUAGUCACAUCCCUGGUAGGUGUGGCUCGCAAGGGCCUUGUGGACGACGAGGGCCAUGCGUUGGACAAGGACUUCCAAGUCAUCCACUCCAAACUGGAGAGCAUCUCGGAGCAGAACAAACAGUGCUUAAGGCAGAUCCAAAUUCACGAGGUAUACGAGACCUACGGCAAAUACGAAGAGUACAUCAAGCAUCAGUACAUGGCCUUUAAAAACAUGGUGGCCCAGAUAAAGGAAGAUCCAGGUAACACUUCGGGUUACAUGAAGAACUUUGAAGAGAUCUACGAGCGAGACAAGUCAGAAACCGCCCUCAAUGUGUACUACCGCGGUGUGGUGAAGACUUCUGUGUUCGGAAGACCCCUGCUCAAGGUAUACCAAGAGGACUGCAACAGCAACCAAGAAAUCAUGGAGCACCACUGUUCGCACAUUGCUCACCUCUUCCAAAUGGGCCUCAUCGCCCUCAUGGGUUACACGGCGGUUACUCAGGAUGACGAGAUGGAGGUCCGGGAGAAAUGGGCCGCCAAGGUGCAUGAGAUUCAGGACAAGAUGCAGGAGGUGCUCGCUCAGUGCAAGCCCAACAAUCCAGAUCCAGCCCCCUGA